AUGGCCGUGACCUUCGGAUCGAUCCUCGGGUUCGACAAUGGCAUCAUGGUGGCUCUCAUGGGUGUCGAUGUCGCUGGAAGCGCCCUUGUUGCUGCCGUAGCCAAUGCUGGAGGAAUUGGCAUCUUGGCCAGUCGACUGAAUAGCUAAGACGUGACCGUGAAAUUGAUCACGGCGACCAAGAAGCUGACGACCAAGCCCUUUGGAGCUGGUAUUCUCUUGGAGUUCGAUAACACGAAGAGCAUUCAGGAAAUCUUCGAUGAGAAACUUGCGUGCCUGCAAGUCUUAUGGGGUGACUUCCCAAAGGAGAUGGUGGACGAGGCCCACAAAGCGGGAGUGAAAGUUUUGCACCAGGUUGGAUCGAUAAAGGAUGCAGAGAAGGCUAUUGCUGCAGGUGUUGACUGCAUUACAGCUCAGGGAGUUGAAGCCGGAGGGCACAUCAUUGGAACAGUGGGCUUGAUAGCUUUGCUGCCGAGAGUUGUGGAUCUCGUCGGCGACAGGGACGUUACAGUGGUGGCUGCAGGUUCCAUCGCCGAUGCCCGUGGAUACAUUGCUUCCCUCGCACUUGGUGCCAAGGGUAUCUGUAUGGGCACAAGGUUUGUUGCAACGAAGGAGGCAUACGCUCAUGACUUCUACAAGCAUCAGCUGCUGCAAUACGCAGAAGCAGACACCGACCGCACGCACCUCUACAAACGAGCUACAUGGAGAGCCUACGUUCGCUGCCUCAACACCCCCUUCCACAACCAGUGGAGGAACGCUCCCGAGUCCGUCGAGAACGACGACUCCCAACCCAUCAUCGGCUACUCCAUAAUAAACGGCGAGAAAGCUGUUCUUCGAAGAUUCAACGGGAACACGCCGAACCCAACCACAGCGGGAGAGCUAGAGAACAUGGUGUACUAUGCAGGCCAAGGUGUUGGUCUGAUCACGGAGAUUCUCUCGGCCGCAGAUGUCAUCUCCACCUUUGUUGAGGAUGCGAAGAAAAUCAUCAAGGACUUGAACGAUAAAUACGUUGUAGCCACCACUUAUUGAUUACUUCACCGAUUGAGUGCUAAUAAAUGUGGGUCACCAUUUUCACUUAGAGACGAUCAGGACUCGUGUAUGUCUGAACAAAUUAAA